GAAAUGUUUGCGCUUGGACCAAAACCAAAUUGAUAAACACCACUGUCUUGUUUCCUUGAAUUUUUGCUAUUUCACUGAUAAAGGAGUUAGCAUACUUUGAUUUUAUAGUUCGCUAACAGUAAUUAUAAAUUUAUUUUACAAGACGAUAUACAAAAGCCGCCAAAAUUUCUUACUACUCCAAGUAUAACGGCAAUCUUACCACCAUGGCUAAGCCAGUAUUGUAUUCAUACUGGCGAAGCUCAUGUUCCUGGCGUGUGAGAAUCGCGCUAAACCUCAAGGAGAUACCCUACGAUAUAAAGGCUGUUAGCCUCAUCAAGGGUGGUGGUGAACAACAUUGCAAUGAGUAUCGGGAUGUCAACCCUAUGGAGCAAGUUCCCUCACUUUGUAUAGAUGGACAUACAUUUAUAGAAUCUCUAAGUAUAAUGCACUAUCUAGAGGAGACAAGACCACAAAGACCCUUAAUGCCUCAAGACUGUUUCAAGCGGGCCAAAGUUAGAGAGAUUUGUGAGGUGAUAUCAUCCAGCAUUCAGCCCCUCCAAAACCUGAUAGUGCUGAUUUACGUUGGCGAGGAGAAGAAGAAGGAGUGGGCUCAGCACUGGAUCACACGAGGGUUCAGGGCCGUUGAGAAGUUGCUCUCAGCAUCUGCUGGAAAGUACUGUGUGGGGGACGAGAUCACAUUAGCUGAUUGCUGCUUGGUGCCGCAGGUGUUUAAUGCUAGAAGAUUCCACGUGGACCUGCGGCCGUUCCCCAUAAUCCUGCGCAUCGACCGCGAGCUGGAGCAGCACCCCGCAUUCCGCGCCGCACACCCGUCCGCGCAGCCCGACUGCCCGCCCGAGGUCGCCAAGUGAACCCGAGGUCGCUACUACCGAUAGCUAUGCCACUCAACACUCAACUGUGCUGAUUAUAAUGUCGAUAAUUAUGGCAACACUCAAGUGUACUGAUGGUAAUAUCGAUAGUUAUGGCAACACUCGGGAUUAUCGAUAUUACCGAAACUAUCGAUACUAUCUAACUAUCGAUCGAUAGUUAAUUAUGAAACUAUAAAUAGUAUUGAAGAAUAAACAAUCGAUAGUAUUAUUCUUGUCGAUUGUAUUAUUGCUAAUAAAUAUUGGCGUCAAAUUUUCAUGUCGCCUAUAGGUAUCGAACAUGACUUUCACGACUACCUACUGAUAUCAUGUGGCAAAUACUCUAGGGAACUAUCGACAGCUCAAAAUAAGACGAUACUAUCGAUACUAUUUAGCUUUAACUUCGAUAUUCUAUUGAAUAAUUGUUCGAUAGUGGAUUAUCGAUUAGCAAUACUAGCCUACACCUUGUGUUGUCCGGAUCAGAAAUUGUUUUUUAUGAAUGCAUACAUGGAUUUUUGUACUAGAUUUAAUGACGGCUCAUCGACUAUACCCCGCUGUUUGUGUAUUUUUAUUGUAAUAUAAACUUUAAAAAUCAACAUCAAAGCACAAUACAAAUUCCUUAUAGAAACUUUGGUCGAGGGCUAUCGAUUCUAAUAAAAUCAAUAUGGUUACUUGAGUCGAAACACGAGAUCAUUCGUUUAUCGAUCGCCGAGUGAUUUUUUUUAUAGCCAGCACAUGUUUUUGUUUAAAAUACAUAUAUGAAAAUUUUGUUUUUUACAUACAAAUAUAUUCUUUAUUGCGGCAAUAUUUUUUUAUGUUACACGAAUAAUUUAGGUACUCAUUAUUUACAUAAGUGAUACUGUAUUUUUUUUAUUCUCUUUUUCGGUAUUUUCCCUGAAAAAAAGGAAUAAGAACUUUAUAACUUAACUUUUAACUUAAGAUUUAAAAGCUUCAUCAAGCAAGGUAGAAAUAAUCUAGUCUUAUUUCUGUUAAUUCAAAGGGGUUUUGGGUGGUUCCACAGACCAUUGUUCUAAAGGCGUUUCGACCGCUGCGGCCGCGCUUUCAUUACGAUCCGUCAAUAUUAUUGAAGAAGGAAUAAUUUCCAAAAUUAAUCAUUUAUAAAAUUUACUUUACCACAGCACAGAUUAAUUAUUUUAAUGACUGAGAGUAAAACUAAUUCACGUCUUUGUUAAAAUUUUAAAAAUUAUAAUUACAGCGCGGCCGCAUCGGUCGAAACGCUCAAAGAACCUUUUAUAAGAUUUUUACAAACACGUAUUAUGAUAAAAAUUAAAUUGUAUCUCUUUCAUUGGGUAAGUAUUGUGCCAUUCCAUCAUUAUAAUAAGUGUAGAAUUUUUUGUUGUGUAUAUUUGGAUAUUAUAAUUUUUAACAUGGUUAUAUUAUACUUUAAUGUACAUUUUAUUGUGUUGUUUGAUAUUUAUUUCAUAGGAAAUAAAAAAUCGCUUUUACUAACAAAA